AUGCGAUCGGGAAGUGCUUUCGGCCUGUGUUCGGCUGUGCAGUUGGACUCCGUUUCGAAGAUGUCUACAUUAAGUGUGAGGGCUCCAGGUUUGCAAGUUACAACGAUGCUGGACACUAGGUCACUCAGAGUGCGCGGUGUUACUGCACUUGAAGGAGUACGAAGAAAUUUAUUCGGCUGCACUGAUAGAGAAGAGAACCGAAGAUUUGUCGAAAGAGAAUUGGCAAGACAACUAGAACUUGAUGGUCAAAGAUGGGGUUUUGACUUCACCAAUGAGAAACCAUUACCAGGAACGCAAAGAUACACCUGGCAGUUAGUUCCAGCGUCGUCUGUUCCAGCUGCCCUUCGAAGAUCACCUAUCACCAUCACCACCCCCAAACCGAGUGCACCGUCACAAGAGACUAAAGUAUCAAGCCCAGAAAACAGUAAAACGCAAAAAAGAAUUACAGAUUUCCUCAAACCUCGGAAGAGGUUAUCGGGCAACGGGAAGAAGUCCCCAUCCGUGCACAAACACGAGUGCGGGCACGGGGCGCACAUCCGCCCGCCGAAGGUGGCGCGACUCACCCAGACCCACUUCAAGCGCGCCAGUUAG